CUCAUUUCAUUUUAUGAUUGCACUUUCUCCCAAGUUCUUGCGAACAGGAAAAUUAAACACAAACUCAAAAUAAUUAUUAAAAAAAUUAUCAAAAUCAAAAUUGAAAUUCAACCCUUCAUCUCUAUUUCUCUCAAUUUAGCUCUGUUUCUCUCUCUGUCCUUUUCCUUCAUUUCCAGUAAUGGCAGAACCCUAGUAUUCAGCCGCCGCCGCCGCCGCCGCCGUUUCUGUUCCAGCGAAGAAGAUUCGUGCUAGCACUUCUCAAUUAUAUCCUAGCUCUGUUUCUGUUAUGUGUAAAAUUCGCUGACGCAACGCCUGUUGCUGUAGUCAAGUUUGUUGAGGAAAUAUUCUGUGGUUCUGAUCUCUUGUAGAAGUGGGAGAUUGAGCCUGGCUACAGAUUUUAUAGCGUGCUAUAAUUAGCAAUGGCCGAUGACGGCCUACGUCUUGGUGGGAUUCCUUCAGGACUAGCUGUUGUAUUGAACUGUGAGGAUAAGAAGGAGGGUUCAGGGAAAUCUCAUCUAGUUUCAUACUGUGAGGGCUUUGGAGACCAAUCUGUGGAGCGGACACUUGAACAUAUUUUUGGUCUCCCUUACCGGACGGUUAAUCAGUUGAAUUUCCCAGUUGAUACUAGUGCAGUUCGUUCAAUAAUAAAGAACGAGUUUUAUGAGCACCAUCCUGAAUUAAGAAGUGUUGUUUCUAGAAAUGAUGAUGGGGUAUCUACAAAUUAUGAAGAUUCACAACUCCAGAUUGUUGAGCUUGAUAAGUGUAGCAUCUGUGGUGACAUUCGGAUAGUAAAAAAGCCUUCGCUUGUGGAGAGUCAUGCUUUAUUUAGUAGCGCAAGGGCCAAUGCAUGUGUUUGGAAAGGAAAAUGGAUGUAUGAAGUUACUCUUGAAACUUCUGGUGUACAGCAGAUUGGUUGGGCUACUGUUGUUUGCCCCUUCACUGAUCAUAAGGGUGUGGGGGAUGCAGAUGAUUCCUAUGCAUAUGAUGGAAAAAGGGUCAGGAAAUGGAAUAAGGAAGCUGAGACUUAUGGUCAAUCAUGGGUUGUUGGUGAUGUGAUUGGAUGCUGUAUAGAUCUGGAUACUGAUGAGAUUUCAUUUUACAGGAACGGCAUCUCACUUGGGGUAGCAUUUUGUGGAAUUCGAAAGAUGGUGCCUGGAUUGGGUUACCACCCUGCCAUUUCUCUAUCUCAAGGUGAACGCUGUGAGUUAAAUUUUGGGGGAGUUCCUUUCAAGUAUCCAGUCAAAGAUUUUCUUCCAAUUCAAGCUCCUCCAUCUUUAGAAGCACUUGCAAGUAAUCUUUUGGGCUGCUUUUCACGGCUGUUGCAAUUACAGUGUGCGGAGAAGGCAGAAAACAAAACUGUUGCAAAGCUGGGCAGACUAAAGCGGUUUGCUCCAUUUGAAGAAUUGUGGCGGCCUGUCUCUGAGGGUAUUUGCGAAGAGCUACUCUCUGUUUUAAAUUAUGAAAGUGGCAGUGGAGAGUAUAUUGGACGUGGCCCUUUCUUUUCGUUUUUGAUGGAAGUCUUUAGGGUACAUCCACCGCAUGACUAUUCAACUCUGGAUAGAGUACUUGAUUCAAUUCUUGGAUUCGAUGUGUCAAAAGUUCUAUUUGAGCAUGUAUUUGAGGCACUUUCAUCAGGAUGUAAAACAGCACCCUUGGUUCUUACGGAAUGCCCUUAUUCUGGGUCAUACAGUUAUCUUGCUAUGGCAUGCCACUUACUGAGGAGAGAAGAUCUAAUGACUCUCUGGUGGAUGUCUUCAGAUUUUGAGUUCUUAUUUGAGGGGUUACUUUCAAGGAAAGGCCCAAACAAACAGGAUCUUCAAUAUCUCAUACCUUCUGUCUGGUGGCCUGGCUCAUGUGAGGAUUUGUCUAAUGAGAAUAGCAUGGCGCUGACGACUACGGCUUUAUCUGAAGCAGCAAAUAUGAUUGAGGAGAAGCAAAGGGAUCUCUGUCGUUUGGUUAUGCAAUUCAUACCACCUGUAGCACCCCUGCAGUUGCCUGGCUCAGUGUUCAGGACAUUCUUACAGAAUAUUUUACUGAAAAACAGGGGUGCAGAGCAAAACAUGCCACCUGCCGGAGUUUCAAACAAUUCAGUCCUUGUUUCUUUGUUUACUAUCAUCCUCCAUUUUCUGUCUGAAGGUUUUGCUGAAAGGGACAUCUAUGGCUGGAUUAAGGGAUCUGGGGCUGAUUCUGGAGCUCAUGUGGGUUUCCUUCACAGGGGUGGCCAGCAAACUUUUCCUGCUGGCCUGUUUUUGAAGAACGACCCUCAUCGGGUUGAUAUACCAAGGCUUGGAGGAUCUUAUGAUCAUUUGUCCAAGUGUAAUUCUGUAAAUUGUGAUGAGGAAGAGGAAACUAUUCGGUGGGAAGAAGGGUGCAUGGAUGAUGGUGAAACUAGAGUAACACAUUUGAGUGGACAGAAGCCAUGUUGUUGUUCUAGUUAUGAUGCUGAAUUAUCAAACUUUUCUAAAUAUCCUGUAAGAUAUUUGGCAAAAGGUUCUCGCGGAAGUGGCUGCUCUAUUCCAGACAGAUCUGCUCAUGUUACAGCUGAAUGUAGUGCAAGCAAUCUUAGUGAUGAGAUGGCUGACAAACCCAGCACCAGUGAUCACUCUGAUCCCGAGCUUGCUUUUCGACCAAUGCAACACUUGAGGAUAUUACCAAGCACGAGCGCAAUGUCUUCAGCUUCAUUGAAAGAGGAGGAGCUUUUAGAUGCUAUGCUUUUGCUGUAUCACAUGGGUCUUGCACCACAUUUUAAGCAGGUAUCAUCUUUCAUGUCUCGUCAAGCACAAUCCAUUUCACUUUUGGAGGAGUCAGAUAGACAACUUAGAGAUAGCAUUUAUGGGGAUCAAGUGAAGCGCUUGAAGGAAGCUCGUAAUGUUUAUCGAGAAGAGGUUAUGGAUUGUGUCAGACAUUGUGCCUGGUAUCGCCUUUCUCUCUUCUCUCGUUGGAAACAGAGGGGAAUGUACGCAACAUGCAUGUGGAUUGUGCAAUUGCUUCUUGUUCUUAGCAAAGUGGACCCUAUCUUCAUCUACAUUCCUGAAUUUUAUCUUGAAACCCUGGUUGAUUGCUUUCAUGUGCUGCGGAAGAGCGAUCCUCCUUUCGUCCCAGCUACAAUUUUUAUCAAGCAAGGGCUUGCAUCUUUUGUCACUUUUGUUGUUACUCACUUCAAUGAUCCUAGAAUAUCUAGUGCGGAGCUAAGGGAUCUUCUUCUCCAGUCUAUAUCAGUGUUGGUGCAGGAGAGAGAGUUUUUGGCUGCUUUUGAAUGCAAUGAAGCUGCUAGACAGAGGAUGCCAAAAGCUUUGUUGUCCGCAUUUGAUAAUAGAUCCUGGAUUCCAGUAACCAAUAUACUUCUUAGAUUGUGCAAGGGUUCUGGUUUUGGAAUUUCAAAUCGUGGAGAGUCAUCAUCCUCAUCUUUACUAUUUCAGCAAUUGCUGCGGGACGCUUGCAUCAGUGAAGACGAAUUAUUCUCAGCUUUUCUCAAUCGUUUGUUUAAUACUUUAAGCUGGGCCAUGACUGAAUUCUCUGUCUCGAUACGGGAAAUGCAAGAAAAUUAUAAGCUGAUGGAGAUCCAGCAAAGGAAAUGCAGCGUAAUAUUUGACCUUUCCUGCAACCUUGCAAGGGUAUUGGAAUUUUGCACUCGAGAAAUUCCUCAAGCUUUUGUGUCUGGAAUGGAUACAAAUUUGAGAAGGCUGUCUGAAUUGAUCGUCUUCAUUCUGACCCACUUGAUCGGAGCAAUCGAUCCAGAAGUUCUUGACCAAUCACUCAGACGACCGGGGCAGUCCUCUGAGAAGCUUAAUAGUGGCAUGAUUCUAGCACCACUAGCUGGCAUCAUUCUAAAUUUGUUGGAUGUAAGUAGAGAGACUGACAACAAUGAUAUAGUCGCAAUCUUUGCUAGCAUGGACUGCACAGAUACCAUCCUCUACGGAUUCCAGUACCUCCUCGAGUACAAAUGGUUUGGCUCGAUCAAGGGGGACAAUUACAACGAACAACUGACAAAGCUAGAAAAAUUCUCGAGCCUCUUAAUCUGUCAGACUGAGCUGCAAGCCCUCGAGAAGAGCGUGCGGGGAGCAGAGCAAGAAACCGAUGACUGCACAAUCUGCUGCAUAUGCUACACGAAUCAAGCAGAUGCUCGAUUUUCGCCUUGCUCCCAUGUUUCUUGUUAUAGCUGCAUAUCCAGGCACCUUCUCAACUGCCAGAGAUGCUUCUUCUGCAACGCAGCUGUCGUGGAAGUCACCAAGCAAGACGGCAACGAUGAUGACCUUAAAGAUAAGUCUGGAGUAAAUUGAAUUGGAUGAGGAAGAAACAGGAAAGGGGAGAAAAUUUCAUUAUAUUUAUUAGGUUUUGUAUUUUAUUAGGUGCUACUAUAUAUUAUAUUAUAGUGUACAUAUUAUGGGUUUGCAAAUGUGCAAUAAAACGUUCAUGGGAUUUGAAAUUUUUUGUAGCCGGAAUGGGGCUGGAGCCCCUCUAUUUUGUAAAUUUUUGAGAUGGAAAUAAGUAAAUCUUUCUAAGUUUA